AUGCUUCUACUUUUCGUUCUUCUUGGUUUGGCUCACGCCGGCGUCCUCCAUUUCCCUCUGAAUCAAGCGUUCGGCAGAACACUCGAUGUUGAGAUCAGAUCCAAGCUUUUCUUUUCGUCAAGCAGUCCUCGCGAACAAAUUGAGAAAAUCAAGCUAAUCAAUGGAAAGUAUACAGCUUCAAUGUCCGAUUUCUACAAUUUUGUGAGCGAUGAUUAUUCAAAAAUUUCACUCAUCAUGCGAGCAAAUCAAGUUCAUUUUGAAACCACACUAACAAACGAUGAAAUCAGCAAACUUGAGGGAUACGUCUACGUUACCACAAGAGAUCAAGCUGAUAACCCGGAUUUCAAAGUAUUUGAUGUUAACCGAGAUCUAUUCAUAAAGAGGAACUUCACAAUUUAUAACUCGACCUACGUUUUUAUCAAUUUCCCAUUGGACAAAUCAAACAACGUCUAUCAACCCAGAUUAUCUGCAAAAGUUACUGGAUUAAAAGUGAACAAUAAGGGAUCAGUUCGAAUCUAUCGCGGAGUUCCUCCGGCUUCAAUGGACAAAGAAUCGUACGACGAUGUGAUGUUCCAGAAUCCUAUCACUCUCGAUGGAAAUAUUCAAUACUUGAACAAUGUUCAGCCAAUGCAAAUUAACUUUGAAGCUUGGUAUAUCUCUGACAAUAAGGGGUAUGAAAUGCGCCUCUCGCGAUCUUGGGAUGAUCCAAGAACUUUAAAAAUCACAUCCACUGAUGUCACUGGCUUGAUCACAAAUAACAAUGCGCCAGAAGAUCUCAAGCUCAUCGUUCCCAUUCCCGAUUAUGUAGUCUACACAACAUCCGGAUUCUUCUACAACGCCGAACUCAAAGAUAACCAAAAAAUGGUGAUUGCUACCACAAAUCUUCAAAAAGGGAUUACAAAAGACGCCCCAAGAGGAUCGGCGUCGGUUCAUACACCAGCUGAAUAUUUCCAAAUCUAUCAAAGCUCGGGAAUUUAUGGAAUUCAAUAUUUCCAAAUUGAUAUCUCAUAUCUCGAAGGAUACGUUUAUAUUUGUUCUAAAGCUCAAGGAGAAGAUCCGUAUUUUUCGGUGUACGACGUUAAAAAUUAUAUCAUGAUUGGAAAAUAUGAAUCACAAGCCAAAAUGACAAUAGUAUUCAUAAACUUUCCGUUGCACAACCCUAAAGUCUCUUAUCGACCUCGCGUGUCUGCCAAAAUUUCUGAUCUCCGUGUAGCGGAUGAUGGAUCGAUUAGACUUUACCGCGGAUUUCCGCCAGAGACAACGAGCAGGGAUAACUAUGAUAAUCUGAUGUUCCAGAAUCCGAUAACUCUGGAUAAUACUGUUUACUAUUUCAAUAAAACUGAGCCAAUGCAGGUCAACUUUGAAGCAUGGUAUAUCAUUGCUGACAAGGGAUUAACAUUGACUGCGGAGAGGUUAUGGGAGGAACCGAAGAACUCAACAGUGUUUGACACUACCACAACUGGACUUAUUACGUGCAACAACGAGCCAGAAGAUCUUAGAAUUACGAUUCCAAAUUCGCACAAUGCUAAUACUGUUUCAGGAUUUUUCUUCAACGGAUUUGUUGAAAAAAAUGUAGUAGUCAGCACUGAGCUUCUCGAACAAAGUAUCACAAAAUCAAUACCAAGAGGUCAUAUUUAUAUUAACAACCCCGCGGAUUACAUUCAAAUUAGUCAGAGCUCGGGUGUCUAUGGGGUUCAAUUCUUCCAAAUAGGUAGUUGUUUAUUUUCGGUUCAGAUAAUGACGCGGCAUGGAAAGAAUUGUACAGCAUCGUCAGUAUAUUCUUAUCACGAACGGAAACGAGAUGCGAAGGCAAGUGGAUAUGGAACACUUCACGCACGUUUAGGUGCUGACUCCAUUAAAGAAUUUCAUUGUUGUUCAUUAACAUUACAGCCAUGCCGGCAGCCAGUAAUUACUCCGCAUGGAUAUAUCUACGACAAACAAGCUAUUCUUGAAAAUAUUCUAGCCCAAAAGAAGGAAUAUGCAAGAAAAAUGAAAAUUUACGAAAAACAAUGUCUAGAAGAGCAAUCUGAGAAGGACAAAGCAUCCGAAGCGGAUACAAUUAGCAAGAAGAAUAAAUUCUCUGUAAUUGAAAGUACACCGAGCAGGACAGGAGUUAGUGAUGUGAAGGCUUUAUCAUCAGAAUCCGGCUCAUUGAAAAGGCCGUCUGGAGUGAUUUCAAGCGAGAUCGCUGCCAAAGUGAAAGCGACUGGAAAUGAGGGAGACAUGUCUAAUAUGCGUGGAGACAAAAGUACAUCGCUGCCUAGUUUUUGGAUUCCUGAACUGAAUCCGACGGCGGCGGCGUCAAAAAUUGAAAAACCUAGUUCGAAAGUGCUAUGUCCAAUCUCCGGUAAACCACUAAAAGUCAAAGAUUUAUUAGAUGUCGAGUUUUUACCUAUGCCGGGUACUGAGAACAACGCAAAGAAACAAUUUAUUUGUCCAGUUACUCGAGAUGAGCUUACCAAUACCACAAGAUGUGCAUAUUUGAAAAAAUCAAAAGCUGUUGUGAAAUACGAUGUCGUUGAGCAAAUUAUUAAGGAUGAGGGUGUCGAUCCGAUUUGUGGCGAAAAGAUGACGCUGGAUGAUAUAAUAGAAUUACAAAGAGGAGGUACCGGAUAUGCUGCUACAAAUGAGGUAAAGGCAAAAUUGAUCCGUCCGCAGUUGGAACUCCAAUAA